UAGGGUAUGCUGUCCUUUGUCGUUCCACUUUUAGCAGAAUUCAACGUUUUUCUAAUGGGUAGAGAUCUUUAUGCUUGAGACUGUGUGGAAACCUUGGACUUGAGCUCCACUCUCAGUUAUUUUUUGUAUUUGCUAAAACUUAAAUACAUUCUGUCCACCUCUAGCAUGAUAUCUGGUAUGUGAUAGGAACCCAAUAAAAGUUUGGCUUUGAUGGGAGUGUAUGUUUCUACAUUAUUUUUGGAGGGCAAUUAGGUAGUAUCUUUCAAAAUUUUAAGUUUGUAUGUGUUUCAUUCCAGACAUUCUACUUCUAGGAAUUUAGAUAUAGUUGUAUAUAUGUAUAAGGAUGUUCACAUUGCAGCAUUGUCUGUAACAAGAUUUGAAAAGAACCUGAAAACCACUAAAGGUCCGUUAAUAUUGAACUGGCUAAAUACGUUAUGGUACUUUUAAUUAUGUUACUCAUAAGCAAGUAAAUUGCCUAUAGCCAUUAAAAAAUAGAAUCUAUGUAUGCAUAAAUUGACUGGGAAAAUCAGUGUUCAAGGUAUAUUGUAGAAUAUGUACAGUUACUCCUUUUGUAUAAAAAUAGAGGAUAUACAUAUAUGUGAAAGUAAAUAUGUAUACACAAUAUGCAAAAUGUGAAUGUAAGCACUGAUAAAUAUCUAGAAGAACACACAAGGAACUGGGGCGGGGCGGAUCGGGCAGAGGGACUUCCCUGUGCCUCACUGUUUGAAUUCUGAAGGGUGCAUACACUCCCUUAUUGACCUGUGCUACCGGCUUCUGGCUAAAGAGGGCGCUGUAGCCACCAAAGUCCUGUUUACAAAUCAGGAGUCUCAGUAAGCCAGCGUAGUUACGCCAUCACGACCGGCGGUGGCACAUGCGCAAUAGCGGGACGCUGGAGCGCGGCCUAGGUGGCUGCCGAGUCUCUUCCGGUCUAGGGUCUUAUCCUGGCACUGAGGGCGCCGAACUGGCUCUUUUGGCCGGCUUGGCAUUGGGUGGGCGGCUUCUUGGGACCCACAUGAGCCAGUGGCAUCAUCCCCGCAGUGGCUGGGGCCGGAGACACGACUUUUCAGGACGCUCCUCAGCCAAGAAGAAGGGCGGAAACCACAUCCCCGAAAGGUGGAAAGACUAUCUCCCAGUUGGACAGCGGAUGCCUGGGACUCGUUUCAUUGCUUUCAAAGUUCCUUUGCAAAAGAGUUUUGAAAAGAAACUUGCUCCAGAAGAAUGCUUUUCCCCUUUGGAUCUUUUUAACAAAAUCCGAGAACAAAAUGAAGAACUUGGACUGAUUAUUGAUUUAACAUAUACUCAACGCUAUUAUAAACCAGAGGAUUUGCCAGAAACUAUUCCUUACUUAAAAAUUUUUACAGUUGGACAUCAAGUGCCUGAUGAUGAGACUAUUUUUAAAUUCAAACACGCUGUUAAUGGGUUUUUGAAAGAAAAUAAAGAUAAUGAUAAACUUAUUGGUGUCCAUUGUACCCAUGGUUUAAACAGGACUGGCUACCUUAUUUGCAGAUAUUUGAUUGAUGUAGAAGGCGUGAGGCCAGAUGAUGCAAUUGAAUUAUUCAAUAGGUGCCGGGGACAUUGCUUAGAAAGACAGAACUACAUUGAAGACCUUCAGAAUGGUCCUAUCAGAAAGAAUUGGAAUUCCAGUGUACCCAGGUCAAGUGGUUUUGAAGACUCAGCACAUCUCAUGCAACCAGUCCACAAUAAGCCUGUUAAACAAGGACCUAGGUAUAAUCUACAUCAGAUCCAAGGUCACUCAGCUCCUGGACAUUUCCACACCCAGACCCAAAAUUUGCAACAGUCAGUCAGAAAAUUUUCAGAGAAUCCACAUGUUUACCAGAGACGCCGUCUCCCUCCUCCUGGUCCCCCUGGAGAGGACUAUUCACACAGGAGGUACUCUUGGAAUGUGAAGCCCAAUGCCAGUCGGGCAGCCCAGGAUAGAAGGUGGUAUCCUUACAAUUACUCCAGACUCUCCUAUCCAGCCUGUUGGGAAUGGAACCAGUGAUACAAACCUGUCCUGGAAUUCUACCUGGAGACCAGAGCUGGCCAGAAGAUUACUGGUGUGACUUUUAAUUAGUUCAGGUCUAAUCAGGUUUCUUUAUUGUUCCCUUAUGUAUUCAAGCUUAAGGAAAAAUUGCAUUGCUGUUUACCUCUUUGCUGAUAAAUUUGCAGUAAUUACAGCAUUGCAGGAAAAACAAUCUGUUAUUCCAGUCUUAAAUUUUUCUAAAAGAAGACAAUAUUUUAGAACUGAAGCAUUAAGAACUUCCCUUGCAAAUUAUUUUUAAAAUUCUAUCUUGUUUUUCUAUGUAUUUCUUUCUGACUAGACUUGUGAUAUGCAUGUGUUUAUGUACAGAGAUUUUUAGUGUUUUUGUUAUGUUCUGUUAUUGACCCAAAGGCCAUCUUUAUUUUCUAUAACUGUUCAAAAUUUAUAUUAAAAUCUACUUAGGAGAUAA